UUGGGAGGGGGUUCUUAAAGAGACAGGCGCUAAAUCUGCGUAGUUCUGAUUUUGGCUUAUAAUGAAUAUUAGCUCAUAAAUAAAUGCCAUAAUUGUUCAUUAUUUGUAUUAAUUCAUAGGUUUUCCUUCCAAUACUGUUUAGCAAGAGCUUUAUUUGUGCAACAAAACAGGAGAAAAGUUUGAAUCUAUUUGGAUUUGGUGUAAUUAGCCUUAAGUCCAAGUGUCAGUGGGGGGUUAAAGACCCACACUAUGAGCUGUAGCUGAAUAACUCCAGUGUUGAUGUCACUCAUUGUCUCUUUGCUCAUACACAACCAUCGACUCCCUCUCCCCUGUCCUUCAGCCACGCACGGCCACGGUCGUCAUGACAACAGGGGAGGCUAAUCUCCAGUGGACAGAGAAGGGAGAGAAAGUGCAAGUGCUUUGCAAGGGAAAAAAAAGAAACGUGCUUCCGAGAGCGUGUGCUGAUGGAGAUAUGCAGCGCGUGCUUGCAUAUUUCUGCACGUGUUUGCACUUCAAUUUCCACGACAUGUCUGAUUGCAUUUUUUUAUAAGAGGAGUCACUGAAUGGCAGAAUACUUCUAUAUGAUAAAAACAUCUCUUUCUACAUUCUGCUCCAUCCCUCCUCCAACCUUUGAAUGCAUCACUCUUUCAUUUUUCCUCCUCCUCCUGCUGACCUUCAUCAUCCACCUUAUUUACUCAUUUCCUUCCCCCGACUCCUACACUAUCUCCUCGUCUCUUUGUGACUCAUCCCUCCAAAAAAAGAGUCUUUUUCCCCUCUUCUGUCUCUGACACACCCUUUUCUUCCCUGACAAUCUUUUCAUCCCUUACAGCAGCCUGAAUCAUCUUUUCUCACAUCCCUCCUCUAAUUCCUAAAUCCAUCCCUCUCUCUCUCUCUCUCUCUCUCUAGUCUGCUUUCUAACUCCCUUACAGUGUCCAUCCCAGUUUCUCCCAUUCCUAUAAAUCCUCCCCUCUCCAUCUCCCUAGCAGAGAUCACACACACACUGCAACACACACAUAUGUUAUGGAUGAUUAGGCUGGCAGAGCUACAUGGCAGUCAGCCCACUGGAGGGAAUGAUGGAGAGGUGAAUGUCAGAUGGUGGGAAUCUCAUUUUUCCUCCCUGUCUUAUAGGAGCAGUUGAAAACCAUCACCCUGCUCCUCCUAUAUACAAGGUAUAUUGCAAGACCCCUUAUAUAUAUAUACAUAUGAAUGCACGUGUGCAUGCCCACAUGCAGAUGUUGAGUCAGCCCACUGGAGGGAAUGAUGGAGGGAUGGAUGUCAGACGGUGGGAAUCUCAUUUUUCCUCCCUCUUAUAGGAGCAUUGGAAAAACCAUCACCCUGCUCCUCCUAUACAGGGUAUAUUGCAAGACCCCUUAUAUAUAUAUAUGAAUGCACGUGCGCGUGCGCAUGCCCGCGUGCAGAUGUUGAGGUUGUUCUCCAGUAGAGGGCGGAGUGAGAGGAGAGAGGGGAAAGUGAGGAGUGGGGAAGCAGAGGAGCUGCAGAGAGAGAGAGAGCUGGAGCUGCAGAGAGGAGCUGGAGCUGCGGAGAGGAGCGGAUAGAGGCUGCAGCGGACGCCGGAUACCUGCAGCUGGAGAGCGGGCACGAAGAGAGGGAUGAGUCGGUGGUCCUCCCGGUUCUCUUUGCAGGAAUAGUUUGAGAGUCCGGUGCAAGGUGCAUGGUGCAUGGUGCACGCCCACACACACACACACACACACACACGUCUUAAAGAACAGCAAGGAGGAGAUGCAUUACGUCAUAGCAUCCCGUCGCCCUAGAUGACCGCGCGCGGUGCAUUGCCGGGAUGAUGCAGGGCUGCAGCUGCUGGACCAGAACGGGAACCGGAGGAGAAGGAGGAGAAGAAGGAGAGCAGCCGGUGCCGUCGCUCUGAUGGCGACACAAGAGACACAGCAGCAGCAAGGGGACAGCAGCAGCAGGUAUCUGGGAAGUGACGUGGCACGGUGCGGUUGUCGUGCGUUUCGCAGGAGGGCUGCAGGAAGGGAGACAUGGCUGCACAGUCGGACGGCUGCAAAGCUGGAUACGGCAGCUACGGAGGAGGAGGUGGAGGGUUUGCACAGCUGUACGACGUCGACGCAGAGGAACCGCUGGAUUCUGCAGCCAUCCACAUCUGUCAGUGCUGCCGCUCCUCCGCCUGCUACUGGGGCUGCCGCUCCGCCUGCCUCGGAUCCCUGUCCCAGCCCACCGGACCAGGAGGAGGUCUCGGUAUCCGGGAGACUCACUGCCCGCCCCGGGAGCAGCUGUGGCUGGACUGCCUCUGGAUCAUCCUCGCCCUCCUCGUCUUCUUCUGGGACGUCGGCACGGAUCUGUGCCUGGCGCUGGACUACUACCAGAGGCAGGACUACCUCUGGUUCGGCCUCACUCUCUUCUUCGUGCUGGUCCCGUCUGUUCUGGUGCAGAUACUGAGCUUCCGAUGGUUCGUGCAGGACUACACCGGAGGGGGGCUCGGGGAGGUGGAGGGGCUGACCAAGAGGGGUGCAGUGGCUCUGGGGUGUCUGUACCCCGGCAGGGACCGCCUGCAGCUGGCCUCCAUCUGGCUGUGGCAGGCCAUCAUACACAUCCUGCAGCUGGGGCAAGUGUGGAGGUACAUCAGGACGCUGUACCUGGGCAUCAUGUCGCGGCGGCAGAAGGAGCACCAGCGGCGCUGGUACUGGGCCAUGAUGUUCGAGUACGCAGACGUCAACAUGCUACGGCUGCUGGAGACCUUCCUGGAGUCGGCGCCUCAGCUGGUCCUGCAGCUCUGCAUCAUGAUCCAGGAGAACCGGGCCGAGACGCUGCAGUGCAUCUCCUCCCUGGGCUCGCUGUUGUCUCUCGCCUGGGUUCUGGCCUCCUACCACAAGCUGCUGCGAGACUCCCGCGACGACCAGCGCAGCAUGAGCUACCGCGGGGCGCUGCUGCACCUCUUCUGGCGCCUCUUCACCAUCUCGUCCCGCGUCCUCUCGCUCGCCCUCUUCGCCUCCCUCUUCCACAUCUACUUCGGCAUCUUCGUGGUGGUCCACUGGUGCGCCAUGGCCUUCUGGGUGGUGCACGGGGGCACCGACUUCUGCAUGUCCAAGUGGGAGGAGGUGCUGUUCAACAUGGUGGUCGGCAUCGUCUACAUCUUCUGCUGGUUUAACGUGAAGGAGGGACGGACGCGGUACAGGAUGGUGACGUACUACAUCGUGGUGUUGGCCGAGAACACCAUCCUCACCGGGCUGUGGUACGCCUACAGGGACCCGGUGCUGACCGACUCCUACGCCGUCCCAGCGCUGUGCGGCGUCUACCUGACGUUCGCCGGCGGCGUCCUGGUCAUGCUGCUGUACUACGGCUUCCUGCACCCGGCCACCGCCCACCUCCAGCCGAGCCCCGCCUCAUCCUGCUGCGCCCAGCUGCUCUGGGGCCUCCCGCUCCCGCCGUCGGCCCCGCCCAGCGCCCCGCCCACCCCGGCACACAUGACCAAGUCGGAGACGGAAGAGGAUGUGGCCGAGUCGUGUCUCCCCGUCUUCCAGGUGAGGUCGGCGCCCAUCACCUCCAAGCCCGAGGGCCCGCUCAUAAAGAUCGACAUGCCCAGGAAACGCUACCCGGCGUGGGACGCCCACUACGUAGACAGGCGCCUGCGGAGGACUAUAAACAUCCUGCAGUACAUAACGCCGGCCGCCGUGGGCAUCCGCUACCGUGACGGACCCCUACUGUAUGAACUGUUGCAGUACGAGUCCUCACUCUGACACAGAAACACACACAUAAGCACAUAAAAAGACAUGUACGUAUACAUGGAUGUUCAGAUUUAGAGAAACACACUCUCACAUGCACAACUUGAUGUAAGCACACAGACACAAAAGCAAUCUGUCACACUUUUACGCGCACACACACACACAUGCACACACACGCACAUUCCUUGCGGGCACCAACCUGCGA